AUGGCUGAAGCUACAAGCAGUAUGACAUCUGUCAAAAGCAAACAGGAUAAAGAAGAACGUCCUGCAGUUUUCAACUACCUGAAGCUCAUAGACAAUCACCUGUGCAUGACCAUGCGCGAACAUUUCGAAGAUCGGCUGGAUCUGCUCAGGAAAAUACAUUUUUAUAUCAAAAUCCAGCCCAAAAAAAUAUCAAUACGUCAGCAAAAUGUCAAAACACUGCUGCUAUUAGACCCUCGGAGACUCGAACAUCUGAAAGAGAUGGGUAGAGACCAGGUCAUGACAAAGAUGUUUCACAUGGAGAAUUACUUAGAGGAGAUGAGGAAAAGCCCUUCAGAACUGGUGGACAUGGUGCAGUCAAAUCAAGGAGAGUUCUCUCUGACAAAGCAGGAGACCAUCAAUGAAUCUUUGUCAGGGCUAAAAAAAUUGGUUAAUAAUUUUAAGAACAUGUCAGUGCAUGAACAACUGCACUUUAAACACCAACUGAUAUCACCAACUGCAGUCCGCCACCCUCCCUCCUUAAGGCUGUUCUUGUACUUUAAACGGCCAGUAAUGUUUGAUCGACUGGAGUCAACGGCUUUUGAUGAUUGGGCAAACCUGAGCUGGCAUGUUUCUGGACAUCAACAUCUGACAGAUAGUUUUGAUCUGCGCUUUCGACAGAUAAACGUACCAGCAAAUGUAGAAGCAGACAGUGGUGUAGAAGCAGACAGUGGUGUAAUCAUUGUGGAUGGAAACACCUUCAAGAUCCAAUUUCUCCUCCCAGAAGAGACACAUGAGUUUUCCAUCGGGAGGACCAAGGCGAGCAACACAGUGUACGAUGAGUGGCGUGAUGUCCUUACACUGAGGCUAAGGGCAUCCUGGGCCCAUCCUGCCCCUCAGCCUAACGCAAUAGACAACUAG